AUGCCGAGGAGAAGGUCGCACACCCCACGUGUCUUCCACUCCAGGCCCCUGCAUUUCCAGGAUUCCUCUUCCUUAUUAGAUCUCUUUCCGAUCCUGAGGAUUAAAGCCGUCGACUCUUCCACCCCCGCUGAUAAUCCUUCUUCGGCCAAGUUUCGAAACCGAUGGAAAGGUGCUCUGAUUCCAAACUGCCUCCUUGGAUAUACGACCUCCGUCACAACGCCUAUAAUUUACCUUUCAGUAUCCGCCUCAUCCAUCAUAAUUCAGCUAAUUGCUAUUCAGACCAAAGCUGCAUGUGGUCAUCUUAAGGCUCUAAAUGACCAUGUCACGAUUCCCGAGUAUGUUACAGGUCGUAGCGGCGUUACUCCUCCAGGCACCUACUGUUCUUUAUCCCCUAUUGGGGACCUUCACUUACCCAGUGUAGUUAUGGGCCUUGGUUAA